AUGCACCACGGCAACCGAUCGGUGAACGACGCCGCCGACGCGGCGUUUUUUCCGCAGCCGUCACCGACCCAGCCGAGCAGAGAGGUGCCUCCUUCGGCGGCCCCACAGACCGGCCGAGUGACUCGCACGCAGGCGCUGGCUCGGUUGCGGCGCGGGGAAGGCAUCAGCACAGAUGCCAAGCCGGUGCGCGCGCCAGGAAAUGACGCGAAUGAGCUGAGGGUGUCGGAAACGCGCAAGGAAUGCGUGCUCGGGGAGGUCGAGGGUGGCGUGCAGCAGAGGGAGUCGGAGGGCACCUCCUCGCACGCUGCAGUGCCGCCGGCAGUAAGCGCCGCCAUCACCCCCGGUGGCGGCGAUGACACCGGAACUGCUUUCCAGGAGACUGGCGACGCUGACCGGCGUCACCACCGGCACGACCACGACGCAGGAGGAGCCAACAGCGAUGCUGUGCGCGAUGGUGCAUCGGACGGAGGCGGGGCCCUUGUGUGCGACAGCUAUAGCGGUGCCGAUGGCUCAGAGAACGCUUGCUCUGCGCGCCGCGGUGGCGCAGGUGGCGCGUUCAUUGAGGCUUUCUCCGCUCACCCUACUCACGCGCGCGUCCGCAGACGUGCUGUCUCGACCCGCCAAGCCGCGAAUGCGCUGCCUCGCCUGUUGGCGCUGCAGCGAUCCUUCGAAACGGAAGCGAAGGACCUGUACGAGUACUGUGGCACGCACGUUGUCGAGUGGCCGACGUUGGCGGUGGAGUGGAUUCCCGAUCGCGCCUUUGUCGACCCGGAGCGUGACUACACGCUGCAGUACUUGGCGAUUGGUACGCAGGCGCAUCCGCUCAGCGGGGCGGCGAACGCAGUGAACGUAAUGGAGGUGGCGGUGCCGGUCACGACGGCGACAGACGUCAUGUACGGCCUCUACGGCGACGACGACAUUGCCGGGGCGGAGGCGGUCGAUCCCGCGCUGGAGGUCGGUAUCGACCCCGGCAAGCGCUUCGCCAACGUCAAGGGCCACUUCCACUGCGAGCAGACGCUAACGAUGGACGCGGCAGUGCUGAAGAUUCGCGCGAUGCCGGCGGAAACGAACAUUAUCGCCGUCAAGACGGCGUCUGGGUUCAUUGGGGUGUAUAGCCUCCUGCAGGAUCUCACUCAGAAUGAGGCUGGUCGCACGGUGCCGGAUGCACUGUUGCGCGGGCACCGCCGUGGCGGCUUUGGGCUGAGCUGGAACACGCUGAAACCCGGCUUCAUCGCGAGCGCCGCCGACGACGGCUACGUCAACUACUACGACGUGAGCCAUCGCUUGACUAUUGACGUGCGCGAGGCGUCGGCCGUUGACCCGGCGCUGAGUGGCCCUGAAACGCAGCCACUCGAGCGCUUGGUUGGUCAUCGCGACAUUGUCACUGACUGCUGCUGGCACUCUUCACAGGGACACCUGCUAGCGUCUUCGAGCAUGGACGGGGACGUGCGCUUGUGGGACAUUCGCAUGAGCGCCGGCAGCUCCACCAUUUCCUCAGCGCACGCGAGUGGCGCGACAGCUGCCCAGUUCCACCCUAUCGGCGCCUUCCAGCUGGCAACCGCUGGCGCGGAGGGAAGCAUUAGCCUGUGGGACAUUCGCCGCACCACGGACCCGGUCUGGGAGCUCCACUACCACGGCCGCCCCAUCACGGGUCUGCAAUGGUCGCCCUUUUGCGAGACCGUGAUGCUGAGCUACGGCGCUGACGGUCGCGUCGUCUUGUGGGAUCUGGCGAAGACGACACUCCCGCUCGGCUACUCGGAGGAUCAGCUAGCGCCGCCGGAGGUAUCGUUUGUGCACAUCGGCCACGUGGGUCGCGUGACGGACGCCUCGUGGAAUUCCUCAAAGACGGAGGAGUGGCUACUGGCGUCCGCCGACACGACUAACGGAGUGCACGUGUACCGUCCGCUGCUCAAUGUGGUGCAGGACUACCGUGCCUAUCAGCAGUAG